CAUGUAUCAACUCAUCCUUGAUUCUCAAAGUCCCAAAUUACUCUCCUUCGGCGCACCACACCUUCGACACUCUCAUCCCCAUCAUCGAUCAUUUUCAAUAACGACCUGUUCAUUGUCGUGAUCUACUCGCAAUUGACCAUGACACACCCCGCCGAUCCCUGACCUCGCCAGAAAGCAAGAACCCCUCCCAUCCACCCUCCCGCACCUUUUUCGAUUCUCGAACCUCCAAUCUGCGCCUGCGACUUAAAACCCUCUUCCACAAGUAUCGUGGCCUUUCCUUUGACACUCCUGUGCGAUUCUCCUCGCCUCGAGCCAUGGAGCCCGACAAAAAGACUUGGAGCCCCGAGUCAUCCUCCGGUCCGUCCGCAUAUGAAGGAGAUAUGGGCGUUGUCAAGAGGUCAUUCGUUCGCCGCAUGACCGAAAGCUUCCAGCGCGAUCCCAAUGCCAGUGUUUUACAAAGUGCCAGCUUCAGUGCCUCCGAGCACAAAGGCUUGUUCGAUGCAGAGGCCGCCGCGCAAAACACAGCGUCGAGUCCUUUGUUGAGGCGGCUCAAGGGCAGACACUUGCAGAUGAUUGCAAUUGGUGGUAGCAUAGGUACCGGGCUUUUCGUUGGCAGUGGCAAGGCUCUGGCAGAUGGUGGUCCUGCGUCACUCUUAAUCGCUUUCAGUCUUACCGGCGUCAUGAUGUACUGCACAAUCCAGGCUUUAGGCGAGCUAGCAGUUCUGUUCCCUGUUGCCGGCUCGUUUGCUGCAUAUUCGACUAGAUUUCUGGACCCAGCAUGGGGAUUCGCUAUGGGUUGGAAUUAUGCCAUGCAAUGGCUCGUCGUCCUCCCGUUGGAAAUCGUCGCCGCUUCAAUCACUGUGGACUAUUGGGUUCAAGAUAUCAAGCUCAAUGCUGCAUGGGUCACCAUCUUCCUCUUGCUCAUCGUCGUCAUCAAUUUUUGCGGCGUCAAGGGCUAUGGUGAAGCCGAGUUUGUCUUCUCCGUCAUCAAAGUCACUGCUGUCAUAGGUUUCAUCCUCUUAGGAAUCCUGAUCAAUAUUAUGGGCGGUGUUGAUGAAUUCGGCCGUCCUAAUGGAAGCUACAUGGGCUUCAGACUGUGGCAUUCACCGGGCGCGUUCAACAACGGCUUUAAAGGGCUAUGCAGUGUCUUUGUGACUGCCGCCUUCGCAUUCGCAGGCACCGAACUUGUGGGUCUAGCUGCCGCCGAAACGGAGAACCCUAGGAAAGCCUUGCCCAGUGCCAUCAAGCAGGUCUUCUGGCGUAUCACCUUAUUUUACGUGGUGAGCUUGCUACUCGUGGGAACUCUUGUCGCAUUUGACGAUCCAAGAUUGUUGAACGGCGACAGUUCCGCCGACGCAAAAGCAUCGCCAUUCGUCAUCGCCAUCCAGAGUGCCGGCUUGGAAGUACUGCCUAGCGUCAUGAAUGUCGUUAUCAUGAUAUCAGUCUUGAGCGUGGGCAACUCGGCUAUCUACGGUAGCUCACGCACGUUGGCGGCACUGGCAGAACAAAACCAAGCACCACGCUUCUUUGCAUACAUUGAUCGCAAGGGGCGACCAUUGUAUGCCAUCAUAUUUGCUUCCUCCCUCGGCGUACUGGGUUACCUCGCCGCCUCACACAAGCAAACUGACGCCUUUGACUGGAUGCUGGCACUCUCUGGACUUAGUUCCAUCUUUACCUGGUCCUCUAUCUGCCUGGCACAUAUUCGCUUCCGACAUGCCUGGGCUACCCAGGGCCACACGCUAGAUGAAUUGGCCUUCCGCUCCCCUGUCGGAGUUGUCGGUUCCUGGGUCGGUUUCUCUUUCAACUGUUUGGUCCUGAUUUCCCAGUUCUGGACCGGCUUCUCGCCUGUGGGCUGGCACACCAUGACCGCCCGCGAACUUGUCAUCAACUUCUUUCAGGCCUACCUCGCCGCCCCAGUCGUCUUUCUGAUGUACAUUGGUUACAAGUUGUGGAAACGUACCUACGUGAUCAAAACUCGUGACAUGGACUUGUUUACAGGAAAGAGAGAGUUUAACGUCCGUCUCCUUGUCGCGGAAGAGAAGGCCGAUCGGCUUAAUUGGCCCACUUGGAAGAAGUGCUACAAGUUUAUUUGUUGAUAUGAUUUUAUGUUGGCUGUGCCUAGCGUCGAUGUUUAACGGCUCUGUGGUUGGCCUUGUGAAGCAAUUUUUGAGCCAUUGUUUAAGAGAAGAUAUCCACGAUGUUUGUUUAGCCUUUAGCCGGUGAAAUAUCCCAGUUCUGGCCUUCUGCGGGAGGAGGUUGUUCGUGCAGGUUCUUCCUUGAUGAGACAUACAUUUUCUCCCAGAAUGGAGAACCUUGCCAGAUAAGAAUGGGCGAUGAGAAUACCCUUGAUACAAUAGUUUCCAUGUGUAUCAUCAUAUAAUAAUGAUUUCGACAAAUCUUGCAACUUG